GAGUUUAGGUGCUAAAUAGGAGAAGGAUCUACCGCCUGCAGUUGAUUUUGAUAUUCUAGGUAUUAUCAGCUGGCCUGAAUUCUGAGAUCGCUUUAGACGUGAAGGACUCUGCAUUAAGAGCACGCUCAGGUACUGGAGAGCUAAACCAUUUAGUGCUUUAUAGAUAAACUACUUGCUGACCAGUAAAGGACCUGAUUGAGAGCAUAAUGAUUUCAACUUUGAAGCUCAUGCUGGCUUUGGCCACAGUUUUGGGGGUUGUAGUAACCACCGUAAACUCCAUCCCCCCUAAGAGUCAGAAUCUGAUAUGUGAUGGCAAUUUUAAAAAGGAUCAGCUCCAAAACUACGCCCAGCAAGCACUAGAUGCCAUUAAUUCUACUCGCACGCUGACUGCUUCUCAAAAGCUAGCAGGCAAGGGCCAGCAUGUCUUCAACAACAACCUCCUUAAGUUUCACCGCAGUGUUCUGGAGAAGCUGCUGAAAGAUUUGAGGGGCUACGAUAAGCAUAUGAAGAACCUGGAGAAGGACCUUGUGAACCCCCUCAGCGAAGAUCACAAAAAAAAAAUUGGAACUGAAAUGGUGGUUGACUUAAGUUCAAAGGAUGAGUAUGUGGAUUAUAAUGCAGUUGUGUUCGGAGCGUACGUGGAGAAGCUCCGACAUGAACUUGUGGAAUACCUCAAGGCCGAUACAUCUGACAACGAUGAUGAGAGAAACAGAAUCAAAACACAGGUGCAGUUAAUCACCAAUAAUAUGGUGAACCUUAAUGUGUAUGUGGACCCAAUGGCCUGCGAUCACUGGCUGAAGAAGAACCCAAAAAAGAAUCAACAGUUCAAAGAUAUCAGAGAUGCAUUGAGGAAUAUGUUCCAGAACAUCCUGCAGGACUUCAAAACAGUGUCCAAAAAUAUCAAAGACCUUUACAAGAGUGGAAAGUGGAACAGAUAGACACACAUCAAGAGAUCUGUCUUCUGACCCGGAGUGAUCACUGGGAGGAGCUCUACUUUCUGAAAUCAAUAAGCAAUGCUUUGGUUUUACCCACAUUCACUUUUAAAUCACAUGAGCUAAUAAUAAUAAUAAUAAUAAUAAUUUAAACUCUCUUUGUAGGCCGGAUCAUUGCCUUGAUUAAUUAAAGCCAACAGGGCUCUAUCAUCUAAAAACUAAAAAGUAUUUGUCAAGAGACGUACGAUGCCGCGGGACUCUUUUUAUUGUUAAAUAAGUAUAGUUGACCCAAAAAUGAGAAUCUGUUGACCAUUCAAGAUUUACAAACCCCAUUUCCACAGAAGAGGGACAUUAGGGAAAUUAUAAUACACAAAAGAAAAAAUGUAAACUCACAGAACUGAACUGUGAUUUGUUAAUUCUGCCACAUCUUUAUUUAUAACUUUUUUUCAAAUCCAAAAUGUGCUUAUAUUAACUAAAUACCAUUAAAUUUUUCAAUGGAAAUUGUUUCUUUGUACUUUUGUCAGUUAAAUAAAGGUUCAAAAUGAACAAAUCACAGAUUCUUGUUUAAAGGCAAAAUAUAAAAGUUUUCACCACUAGAGGUCGCAUUUUCAAAUCAAUAACAAAGGCGGAGCUUGAUGAGUAUGAUGACGCUAUGAAGGAGAGUGGAAUGACGGGAGAUGUUACCAUGAAGACAAGCAGAAACUGAAGAUAGUGCAGAUUUUAUGUCAUUGAUACACGACAAUGACAAGGGACGAGCCAUUAUUUAAAUUUGGAAUUUCUCCGGAUUUACAAAUCCUUGGGAACUUUUGGGAUAUUAUAAGUACACAACUGCAUGAAAUAUAUCACACUUUUUAGAGGUUUUUGGAUAUUUUAUAACAAAAAUCUUACACAUUGUGCCUUUAUUUACAAUUUCCCAAAUAUCCCAACUUUUCUGGAAAUGGGGUUUGCAGAAUAUGUUUUGUUUGAUGUAUUGAAGCAUUUCUUGUGGAGGAUCUAAGGAUUCUCAAUAGCCUACUUGAUUUAUAUCAUUUAAUCAUUAAUUGAUGUAAUUUUAUGUUUUAUAUUUUACCAUACUUAUUUCCUUUCUAUUGUUGUUUAAUCUUAUGAUUGUGUGGUUUGAAGGAAUGUUUGUCUUCAUGAGAAAGAGAAAAGAGAAUGUCUCCAUUUCAAGGUUUUUAACAUCACUGGACAAUGAUGUGAAGAAGUCAUUUUUCAUUGUUUUUCCCUUGGUAUAAUAACACUUGUUGGAUUUGUGCUGGUCAGAUGAAGUCUGAGCAUUAAAACAUACACAACUAAGAUUAUUCAAUAAAGUCUGC